AGCUUAAAUUGGAUUUAUAGAUGUCAUAUUCUUCAUUAAAUUAUUUCAUCAUUUUUUAAAACUUGUUGUUCUUGAUAUUACAACAACACUGUUCCUAAGAUUUUAAUCGACUUUGAGUGUCGUAAAGUUGUUUUUCGCACAGUAAAUGCUUUACGGUAGCAAUAAUUUUGACAGGCAGAAGCUAGCCUAGCAACAAACUUUAGAAGUUAUUAGUUAGCUACAGUACAUUAGUUGGGUUAGCUACAGAAAAUACAUUAUAUAAUUUAAAAACUGAUUCGCAACUGGUGGCAACUUUAACCGUGCAAGCGACUUUUUUUUCUUCCGUUUUAGCGGACAUUAGCUGGUUAAACGCACUGUCUGCAUGCGAACAAUAACGAAAUCAACAACAACAUGCCAACCAUGGGAAUGGCUGAAAUAGAUUCCAGCAGUGUCGACGGGGUGCUAACAUGCAGCAAAGAAGUGGUGGUGAUGGACCGAGACAGGGAAGACCUCGGGACGCUGUGCGCUGAAGAAGAUUUGGUGGCAUCCGCGCUUGCUGCCACUAUCACCUCUCAAGUUAUUGUGGAAGAACUGAGAAGGCUUGGGUUAUGUUCAAACAUAGAGGGAGACGUGGAAUACGUACCAUACGAGUCUGAACUGCAAAUGUCAGACAUCAAAAGGCUUAUUACCAAGGACUUGUCAGAGCCUUAUUCGAUUUAUACAUAUAGGUAUUUCAUUCAUAACUGGCCUCAACUCUGCUUCCUGGCGAUGGUGGACAAGGAUUGUGUUGGUGCCAUUGUGUGCAAACUGGAUAUGCACAAGAAGAUUCACCGUGGCUACAUUGCCAUGUUGGCUGUGGACUCCAGAUACAGGAGGAAAGGAAUUGGUACAUAUCUAGUCAAAAAGGCUAUCUAUGCUAUGAUGGAUGAGGACUGUGAUGAGGUGGUGCUGGAGACUGAGAUCACCAACCAAUCAGCCCAGAAACUGUAUGAGAACCUGGGCUUUGUAAGGGACAAGAGGCUCUUCCAAUACUAUUUAAAUGGAGUGGAUGCUCUACGGCUCAAACUGUGGCUUCGGUAGCAAUACAGUCAGUGUGUCUGGCUCUGAGACCUCUUUCUCCCAGUCUCAGGAACAAACGUCUUCCCUACGAGGGAAACAUCAAAGCCACAUCAAAUCCAGAAAGAUCAGGAAGGAAAAUUGGAGACCGGUACCACAGUUUUCUUUGUUGAAUUGGGAGUACUUGUGGCAUUUUAGUGGCCAGUGGAAAUGAACUGAAAAUAACCACGCCCUUGACCUCGACCAAACUAAAUCAAUUACAAACAAAACAA